AUGUGGUCGUCUUAUGACAACGAAUCUUGGCCCGUGACCCCACCAAAUGCGUCGAAUAUCAGUCAUUCUGAGCCAUCAGCCAACGUACAACAGACCGUAAUCGCCGUUUCAUCCUCGCUUAUUGCAUGUGUUGGCCUCGUUGGAAAUGCGCUAAACUUUUUCGUUCUACAGGCGUAUCAUACAUCGCUCGUUACUUACGGUGGAGAGUGCACAGCUCGAGUAAAUCUACUAGGAUUGGCUAUCGCGGAUUUCUUUUUGUGUCUGAUUACACUUCCGUUGAGUUUUGCCAAACGGGAAUACAAAUCAAAAUCUUUCAUGCUUUUCUACACACUUGUGGGACCAGGAUUAGCUACAUAUUUCCUCACAGUCAGUGUAUGGAUGGUGCUUCUGAUGAGCAUUGUUCGAUACUGGGCUGUUUGCCGACCACUCACCUCACGGACCUGGUUGACACAACUUCACAUGCUUCGCGUUAUUGUCAUAUUAUAUGUGUCCGGGUUAUUAUUUCACAUUCCCGCAUUGAUACGCCUUCGAUAUGAAGAGGAUUGCGGCAGUUUUUCUGAUACUGGACUGCUUGUAACAAAUUUCAGUGCACCUUGCGGUGAUUUACCGCAGCCUAUAUUUACAACAUAUGUCAUUUACGAAAAAAAUCUGUGGCCCAAUCAAACAGUUAAACUAAUUUAUCAUACUGUAGAAAUUUUUCUGACAAAUAUUGGUCCACUAGUUGGCGUAGUUCUCUCAAAUCUGGCUGUGAUACGUGCUUGCAAAAGAAGUGACGCCUGCCGAAGAUCUUUCGUCGAAUCUUCCCAACAGUUUCACAACAAAAAUGGGAUUACAUCCUCCGUAGCAACGGAACCACCAUAUGUGCCAACUGCCAGGGCACAUCCAUUGUACAAACGCCCAAUUACUGCCACACGCGAUCAAAUUUACACCACACCGGGGGUUUUCGUCUUUAGCCCGACUACCCCGUUCAGACAGUCCUUACACCGUUAUAACAACCGGGCUACCAAUCGUGUUACACCUCUUUUACUUACAGUAAUAUUUGCCUUCCUGUUGUUCAUUGCUCCAUUUGGGAUAGUGCAUCUGGUUUGUGUUCAGGUAAUGCGGGAUAUGGGGGAACGAGUACGAGACGACCCUGAAGCACGCAGUUUAUAUGCCGCACUAAAUUUGACUGUCCAAUGGACCAAUGUUGUCCAACUUCUGGGAUGCGCUUUGAACUUUUUUCUUUACUUCCUUGUAUCUACAACCUUUCGACGGACUACAAAACGUACAUUUAAAAAGUUUUAUAAACGCCUCAGGUCAUGUCAGCAGGAGUUCCGACGAUCAUUUCGUAUACAUAGUUCCACUCCGACCGAGUUUUCGGAUGACGACAUAAGAACAAAUGAGCUACGUCGAGCACUCAACUUAAAAUUAGCUCCUGUCUGUGUUACGGACGCACAUUUGACAGCAAACAGAUCUGACGCCAACAUGCGACAGCGCAUUACUCAUCUAUUUCGGCUGCGUCGUACGACACCAACCCCACCCUCAACGAACUGCACGGGUGAACCACAUGUACACUCUUGCCCUCUGCCUGGUUCUCGAUGGAAUAGCGAUCUGUUAGAUACCAUGGUAAUCAACCACUCAUGUGGGCAACUGAAAUGUGACUGUGAGGUUUGCUGCAGUGCUCUCCCGGUUUUCGGACAAUUCAAUGCACGCUGUCCCCAUUGUUCACAACUGUUCACACUGGAUAUUUCUUUACCUGAGAAACAACUACAAUCAACAACAAUCCCCUCAACCUCAAGACAAAAACGUUUACGGACAAGUCACAACGGCAACAAGCAGGUUCAUUCAAAAUGUUCCGGGUGUUAUUCGUAUAAUUCUGAUUUAAAACGCAUUCCAAGACGAUUCACACAAAAUGACGAGCACCGCAGCAUACCCAAAGAAGAGAUUAGUCAUUUUCCUUAUCUCUACGACAAGAACUCUCGGCAUUCUUAUCACCAUUCUUAUCGUGUUCACUGUAAACCUAAAACACACUUCCCUGCUCAAGAAGCUACCACGUGA